GUGGGGGGGGAGAGGGAAGGUGCGGUAAAGCCUGCUCCCCGGCACCGGCCGGGGGUGGAGCAAGAGAAGAAGCAGAGGGCGGGGUUGGCGCCAACGCCGCCGUCGCGGUCGCGGUCAACGCCGCCGCCGUCGUCGUCGCCAUCGCCGCCGUGGCUACUCUGACUUUUCCCGGUGCGUGAGGUCGGAUCCUGCGCUCUUGGAUUUGACUCUCCCCUCGGCUGCGUAGCUUCGGAGAUUUAACGAACCUAGGACAGAAAAAACAGGAAAGUAAAGAAGUAAACGAAAUGGACCUAAAUAUGAGUGUGAAUUCUGUCACCAUCUGUGUUGAGGGGAUGACAUGUAGUUCCUGUGUUUGGACCAUUGAACAGCACAUUGGAAAACUGAAUGGUGUACAUCACAUUAAAGUUUCACUGGAAGAAAAAAAUGCAACUAUUAUUUAUGACCCUAAACUACAUACUCCAAAGACCCUACAGGAUGCUAUUGAUGACAUGGGCUUUGAUGCUAUUCUCCACAAUCCUAAGCCUCUCCCUGUUUUAACUGAGACUGUGUUUCUGACGGUUGCUGCUUCACUGGCUCCACCGUGGGACCAUAUCCAAGGCACAUUGCUCAAGACCAAAGGUGUGACAGACAUUAAAAUUUCCCCUCAGCAGAGAACUGCAGUGGUGACAAUAAUCCCUUCUGUAGUGAAUGCCAAUCAGAUAAUAGAGCUGGUUCCAGAUCUCAGUUUAGAUACUGGAACUCUGGAGAAAAAGUCAGGAAUUUAUGAAGAUUACAGUAUGGCUCAAGCAGGUGAAGUCAUGCUUAAGAUGAAGGUGGAAGGGAUGACCUGCCACUCAUGUACUAGCACCAUUGAAGGAAAAAUUGGAAAAUUGCAAGGUGUUCAACGAAUUAAAGUUUCCCUGGACAACCAAGAAGCUACUAUCAUUUAUCAACCUCAUCUUAUCACAGUAGAGGAAAUAAAAAAGCAGAUUGAAGCUGUGGGCUUUCCAGUAUUCAUCAAAAAACAGCCUAAGUACCUCAAGUUGGGAGCUAUUGAUAUAGAACGUCUAAAGAACACACCAGUCAAAUCCUUGGAAGGAUCACCACAAAGGAGUACAUCAUAUACCAAUAAUUCAACAGUCAUUUUCAUCAUAGAUGGCAUGCAUUGUAAAUCAUGUGUGUCAAAUAUUGAAAGUGCUUUAUCUACACUCCAGUAUGUAAGCAGCAUAGUAGUUUCUUUAGAGAAUAGAACUGCCAUAGUAAAGUACAAUGCAAGUUUAGUCACUCCAGAAACUCUGAGAAAAGCAAUAGAGGACAUAUCACCAGGGCAAUAUAGAGUUACUAGUACAAGUGACAUUGAGUGUACCUCAAACUCUCCCUCCAGCUCAUCUCUUCAAAAGAGUCCUUUGAACAUAGUGAGCCAACCUCUGACUCAAGAAGCAGUAAUAAACAUUGAUGGCAUGACUUGUAACUCUUGUGUGCAGUCUAUUGAGGGCGUCAUAUCAAAAAAGCCUGGUGUAAAAUACAUACAGAUAUCCCUUGCAAAUGGCAAAGGGACUGUUGAGUAUGAUCCUUUACUAACCUCUCCAGAAACCUUGAGAGAAGCAAUAGAAGACUUGGGAUUUGAUGCUUCCUUGUCAGAUACAAAUGAGCCAUUGGUAGUAAUAGCUCAGUCCUCAUCGGAAAUGCCACUUUUGACCUCAACUAAUGAAUUUAAUUCCAAAAUGAUGACACCAGUUCAUGACAAGGAGGAGACAAAGACUUCAUCUAAGUGUUACAUACAGGUCACUGGGAUGACCUGUGCUUCCUGUGUAGCAAACAUUGAACGGAAUUUAAGACGAGAAGAAGGAAUAUAUUCUGUACUUGUCGCUCUGAUGGCUGGUAAGGCAGAAGUAAGAUAUAACCCUGCUGUUAUACAACCCUUGAUGAUAGCAGAGUUAAUCCGAGAGCUUGGAUUUGGAACCACUGUGAUGGAAAAUACUGAUGAAGGAGACGGUGUUUUGGAACUUGUUGUGAGAGGAAUGACGUGUGCCUCCUGUGUACAUAAAAUAGAGUCUACUCUCACAAAACACAGAGGAAUCUUCUACUGCUCUGUAGCCCUGGCAACCAACAAGGCACAUAUUAAAUAUGAUCCAGAAAUUAUUGGUCCCAGAGAUAUUAUUCAUGUAAUUGAAAGCUUAGGUUUUGAAGCUUCUUUGGUCAAGAAGGAUCGGUCAGCAAGUCACCUAGACCAUAAACGAGAAAUCAGACAAUGGCGACGGGCCUUUCUUGUGAGCCUGUUUUUCUGUAUUCCUGUAAUGGGGCUGAUGAUAUAUAUGAUGGUUAUGGACCACCACCUUGCAACUCUUCACCAUAAUCAGAACAUGAGCCAAGAAGAAAUGAUCAACAGUCAUUCUUCUAUGUUCCUGGAGCGUCAGAUCCUGCCAGGAUUGUCCAUUAUGAAUUUGCUAUCUUUUUUAUUGUGUAUACCUGUACAGUUUUUUGGAGGCUGGCACUUCUACAUUCAGGCCUACAAAGCACUGAAGCAUAAAACUGCAAAUAUGGAUGUAUUGAUUGUGCUGGCAACCACCAUUGCAUUUGCUUACUCUUUGGUUAUUCUUCUGGUUGCAAUGUAUGAGAGAGCCAAAGUGAACCCUGUAACUUUCUUUGACACGCCUCCUAUGUUAUUUGUGUUUAUUGCACUAGGCCGGUGGCUGGAACAUAUAGCAAAGGGCAAAACUUCAGAGGCUCUUGCCAAACUAAUAUCACUACAAGCUACAGAAGCAACAAUUGUAACUCUCGACUCUGAUAAUAUCCUCCUGAGUGAAGAACAAGUGGAUGUGGAACUUGUACAACGUGGAGACAUCAUUAAAGUGGUUCCAGGAGGCAAGUUUCCAGUGGAUGGGCGUGUUAUUGAAGGACAUUCUAUGGUAGAUGAGUCCCUCAUCACAGGGGAGGCAAUGCCUGUGGCUAAGAAAUCUGGCAGCACUGUUAUUGCAGGUUCUAUUAACCAGAAUGGGUCACUCCUUAUACGCGCAACUCAUGUUGGAGCAGACACAACUCUUUCUCAAAUUGUCAAACUUGUGGAGGAGGCACAAACAUCAAAGGCUCCUAUCCAGCAGUUUGCAGACAAACUCAGUGGCUACUUUGUUCCUUUUAUUGUUAUUAUUUCCAUUGCUACCCUUUUGGUUUGGAUUAUAAUUGGAUUUGCGAAUUUCGAAAUCAUGGAAACCUACUUUCCUGGCUACAACAGAAGUAUCUCCCAAACAGAAACAAUAAUACGCUUUGCUUUCCAAGCCUCUAUCACAGUUCUGUGCAUUGCAUGCCCAUGUUCACUGGGACUGGCCACUCCAACUGCCGUGAUGGUGGGUACAGGAGUAGGUGCUCAAAAUGGCAUACUAAUCAAAGGUGGUGAGCCACUGGAGAUGGCUCAUAAGGUAAAGGUAGUGGUAUUUGAUAAGACUGGAACCAUUACCCAUGGAACCCCAGUAGUGAAUCAAGUAAAAGUUCUAGUGGAAAGUAACAGAAUAUCACGCAGUAAGAUCCUGGCCAUUGUGGGAACUGCUGAAAGUAACAGUGAACACCCUCUAGGAGCAGCCAUAACCAAAUAUUGCAAGCAGGAACUGGACACUGAAACCUUGGGUACCUGCAUAGAUUUCCAGGUUGUGCCAGGCUGUGGUAUUAGCUGUAAAGUCACCAAUAUUGAAGGCUUGCUACGUAAGAAUAACUGGAAAAUAGAGGAAAAUAAUAUUAAAAAUUCAUCCCUGCUUCAAAUAGAUGCAAGUAAUGAACAGUCAUCAACUUCGUCUUCCAUGAUUAUUGAUGCUCAUCUCUCAAAUGGUCUUAAUGCUCAGCAGUACAAAGUUCUCAUUGGUAACCGGGAGUGGAUGAUUAGAAAUGGUCUUGUCAUUAAUAACGAUGUAGAUGAUUCCAUGACUGAACAUGAGAGAAAAGGUCGGACUGCUGUAUUAGUGGUGGUUGAUGAUGAACUGUGUGGCUUGAUAGCUAUUGCUGAUACAGUGAAGCCUGAAGCAGAAUUGGCUGUCCAUAUUCUGAAAUCUAUGGGCUUAGAAGUAGUUCUGAUGACUGGAGACAACAGUAAAACAGCUAGAUCUAUUGCUUCUCAGGUUGGCAUUACUAAGGUGUUUGCUGAAGUUCUACCUUCCCACAAAGUUGCUAAGGUGAAGCAACUUCAAGAGGAGGGGAAACGGGUAGCAAUGGUAGGAGAUGGAAUCAAUGACUCCCCAGCUCUGGCAAUGGCUAAUGUUGGAAUUGCCAUUGGCACAGGCACUGAUGUAGCCAUUGAAGCAGCUGAUGUGGUUUUGAUAAGGAAUGAUCUUCUGGACGUAGUAGCAAGUAUUGACUUAUCAAGGAAGACAGUCAAGAGGAUUCGGAUAAAUUUUGUCUUUGCUCUAAUUUAUAAUCUGAUUGGAAUUCCCAUAGCUGCUGGAGUUUUUUUGCCCAUUGGUUUGGUUUUGCAGCCCUGGAUGGGAUCUGCUGCAAUGGCUGCUUCAUCUGUUUCAGUAGUACUUUCUUCUCUCUUCCUUAAACUUUACAGGAAACCAACUUAUGAGAAUUAUGAACUGCAUGCCCGAAGCCAGAUGGGACAGAAAACUCCUUCAGAAAUAAGUGUUCAUGUUGGAAUAGAUGAUACCUCAAGAAAUUCUCCUAAACUGGGUUUGCUGGACAGGAUUGUUAAUUACAGCAGAGCCUCCAUAAACUCACUACUGUCUGAUAAACGAUCCAUAAACAGUGUUGGUACCAGUGAGCCUGAUAAGCACUCACUCCUGGUGGGAGACUGCAGGGAAGAUGAUGAUAGUGCAUUGUAACAAGCCACAGAGAGUGCUGCUAGGUGAUGAUGUUCUGCACUGACACAACAUUCAUGGUUACAUUAGCUUUUUAAUAGAUUGCAGGAUUUUAUGUUGGUCUCAUGCUCUUAUGUUAGGGAAUCUAUUUGAGUUGCAUUUGUCUAAUGGCAAAAAUAUCUUUUUCAGGAUAUCAGCUUGGAACCUAGCUUCAUUGAAAAUUAUUUUCCAGAGUCUUUUGUUUUCACUAGCAACAGAUAACAUAGACCAAUACGGUUUACAAGUCCUACAAUGGAAGAUUGCCAAAUUGCUGCUGAAGUGAUAGAUAAUUUUUUAUUUGACCAAAAAAAUUUCAAAGAAAGGAUAACUAAAAAUCUGAAGAUUUGGGUACAUAAUCUUGAGAUUUUUUGAGCUCUCCUCCCUGCCAGAUUGGAGAGCAGUGGCUUUCAAAGCACUGUAUAAAGCAUCUAGAAGGAAAGAUGGAAAAAUAGUAGAAACUGUUUAAAAAUAGAUGUGCCUUGUUUAUUACAGGCUUUCUCCCUCCCCCCCGCCCCUUAUUUUCCCUGCAUCUUUGUCUUUGCAGUUGCUUUAUUAGAUGUCCCAGUGAGUUUUCUUUUGUUAUCUUCUUUCAAGUGAGCUAAGGGUAGGUGGAUUCUUAUUGACAAAGAUAACUGACAACUUUUCCAGUAUCUUGUUUGUUUCUUUAUCCUGUAGGUCAAAAAACCUUAAAGGCCCAAGAGUUUUCCCUGCUUCCCAUCUUUCCAUUAUUGUAAAAAAUACAUCAGAUUCUUCAAUGACUACUUAGCUCUUUGUAAGCUUUUAGUUCACUCCUGCUGAGUUCAGCUCUGUGUUGUUCUUAGUUUUGUCCAACAGCCUCAGUCCAGAAACUUAAGAUUUUGAGCCUCUUUUACAACUGAUUUUUUUCACAGAUUGACACUACCAUCUUUAGCAUAUACAGGUUAUAUAAAAUUACCUGGAUUCACUAAAUUUGUCCUUUUUCAAGGAGCGAAUGCAAGACAUUAACUAAUAUUUAUAAUUUAAUAGAUUUUCUUUUAGUGUUUUAGAUAAUCUUAAAAUUACUUUAAAAUAAUGCUGUUGCACAAAGCUGCUUUUACCAAAAAUUACAAUAAAUUGUAAUAUAGCAGUUCUCUGGUGGCUCAGCAGGUUAAGGAUCUGGCAUUGUCACUGCUGUGGCUUGGGUAGCUGCCAUGGAGCAGGUUUGAUCCCUGGCCCAGGAACUUCUACAUGCCAUAGACAUGUCCAAAAAAAAUAUAAUACAGAAAUGAGAAUUUCUGCAUGUUGCCAUACUUUUUAGCCAAUUUUGUGCUUUUCUCUAGUUUAAAACAUUUGCACUUACUAUUUAGUAUGGUUGGCAAAUUCAUAGGCUUGUUCUCAUUGCCAUCUAAAUUUAAAAGUUCUGCUGUUAGUUUUUGGGAGUUAAUACACUGGUCAGAGAUCUGGUAUUUGAAUCACUAUUUAAAUUUCCUUGUUAACUGCAAGAUGGAUUUCAGAAGUAGAUUAUGGAAAUGAAGAAAACUCAUAAAUAAUUGUUCCUGUUGCCAUAUGUAAAGCUGCUAGCACAAUGCCUAGCACAUAGGAUUUGUACUCAGUAAAUGUUAGUUCUUAUUUCCCCAUGAGGUCAGUAAUAAAUACUAAAAAUUGUUUUUUACAGAGCAGAGUCUGAAAUCAGGUGGUAGUGGGAGAUGGGUUCCUCUCCUACUUCCUUUUUCUCUUUUGCUUUUUUUCUUUUUGUGUCUUUUUAGGGCUGUAUGUACGGCAUAUAAAAGUUUUCAGGGAGUUCCCGU